AUGUUUGAGUGGAACUUUUUGGUAGGAACUGGAAAGGAAGCUUACGACGUCGUUAAAAACAAUGAGGAGGAUUGAGGAUCUCACCAUCCCCCGCCUGCGCACGUUAACCGCAGUCCCUAAUCAGUUAUAUGCACGCUCUGUUCAACGGUUCAAUUAGUUAUUCCCGUUACACCGGAGCCCAACCGCCGGACAACCACCGCCGCCGCAACGAGAAUCAACAAUGGGCGGCGACUCUGCUUCCGGUGAAACCUUGCUUUCUGUUUCUGGAUCGAGCAAAGUAAAGCAGCAGAGGCAAAAAUGGGGCGUUUCAGCUUCUGAUGUUGCGUACCACUUCGGCACCAGUGGGAUUUCGGUUGCUGCGGCCACUGCCAUCACUCACCCUCUAGAUGUUCUGAAAGUCAGAUUGCAAAUGCAACUUGUUGGCCAGAGAGGUCCCUUGACUGGAAUGGGAAAGCUUUCUGCUCAUGUGGUAAGAAAUGAAGGGCUUGGGUCCUUGUAUCGAGGACUAUCGCCUGCGUUGAUGAGGUCAAUUCUUUAUGGUGGCCUUCGUUUAGGCUUGUAUGAACCAUCAAAGUAUGUUGCUGAAAUGGCUUUUGAGUCCUCAAAUAUCAUAAUGAAGAUUGCAUCUGGAGCGUUCUCUGGUGCUGUUGCCACUGCACUGACUAACCCGGUGGAAGUUCUAAAGGUUCGUUUACAGAUGAAUACAAAAUCAAACAGAGGACCCAUUCGUGAGCUGCAGAAAAUUGCCUCACGAGAGGGGGUACUGGCUCUUUGGAAAGGGGUUGGGCCUGCAAUGGCCAGAGCUGCUGCUUUAACUGCAUCUCAAUUGGCAACGUAUGAUGAAUCCAAACGGGUGUUCCUCAAGUGGACUUCUCUCGAGGAAGGCCUAUAUCUACAUCUCAUCUCGAGUACAAUAGCAGGCACUGUAAGCACCCUCAUAACAGCGCCCAUGGACAUGGUUAAAACUCGUCUUAUGCUGCAACGAGAAUCAAAUAGUGCUGGAAUGUACAAAAGUGGACUACACUGUGCAUACCAGGUACUGCUCACUGAAGGUCCUCGUGGUCUUUACAAAGGUGGCCUUGCAAUAUUCGCGAGAUUGGGUCCACAGACAAUGAUUACCUUCAUAAUUUGCGAGAAGCUGCGCAAGCUAGCAGGAUUGAAAGCAAUCUAGGCCUUCUUUCUGUCGUGUUCAUGGGUCAUGGCACUGUUAGCUUUAUCUGUUGCUGUGGGAUCUGCUGAUAGGUCAUGGGCAUUCAAAGACUGUCGUCAAUUGUAAGAACUGCUCCUACUCACCUCGGGAAUUCUUUCUGUUUUAAAUAGAAAUUUGUUGCAUACUCAAUAGUUUUCCAUUUUUGGUUGAUGAUGGAUAUAGUUUUGUAGGCAUUGUAGCAGUAGGGAAACAUUUGUAUUGGUUUAGGUUCCUACCAUCCAUUAUACCAAGCUAAUCAUUCUUCCAAUGUACUCUGAAUAAGAAAAUAAAAAGAGUUGCCCUCAUUUAGGGGCCAGUCUGUAUUCUUGUAAGUUUAAUACAGUAGUAAUUGAAGGA